AUGAGAGCAAGUGCCGUAAUCUGCAGGCCUCCGGACUCUUCGUUUCCACUAACACAACGCAGCCACUAUUCCCCCGAUCUCACCAGUACGCAACGUCAUGUCAAAGCAUCAACACUCCGAGUUUCUGACAUCACCAAAGUUGCGUCCGUUCUCAGCAACACCGCACUAAUAACUACGGCAGGAGCUAUCGUGAAACUCAAGUGGCGUUCAUACUCAAGGUGCGAUUUUGUCUCUAAGAAUUGCUUCACGUUCUUGAUUCCUCCUCUUGUGAAGGAUUGCGACCCCGCCUUGAUCAGAUGGAAUCAAACUGUGCCCACUUCAGCUCCUCUGAUUGUCGGUGUCACCGAUACGAGUGUCCGUACUCCCACUGCGCAGUUACGGAUUCGACUACUCGAUCACCUUAAUGAUCCUCUAGGCCCCCACAACUGCAAGGUGCCUAAAUACCCCAAUGCCGCGCUACGUUUGCGAGUUAUUGCUAUUCAUUUGGCUUUUCGGGUCGUUACUAAAUUCAACCUCCGGCGUGAUAGUAAUGCAUUCUCACAAUAUGUUCGGAGAUUAUUGCAUAUCCUCAUCAAUGCUCAAUUGCCCCGGCGGCACAGCACAGUUCACCUUCGAAAUUACUACGGACAGCACAUCGCAUCCUUAAUUCUCCACCCGAGCAGAUCAUCCGCAUUUACCCAAUUGCGUCCCAUGAAACUGGCCAAAAGAAUCAUUUCCAGAUUCACCAAUCAGACGCCGUUCACUUCGCUUGAGGCCAGCUUGCAUUUCGUUUACUUCUACUCGACUCAGCUUGCUUAUUUGCGGAGCGGCGCUCCAAGAUCUAAUCUAGUUGCACGAGAUCCUGAUAUGACCGAGAUGUGGCUUCUCCGUCAAUACUUCCUGCACUCUGCCUCAUAUGCUUCUCUCCUCCCAGUUCCUGAUUUAUGCCGCAUGGGUAGACCGAGGCCCCUCAUCUUGUGGUGUGGCUUACGGAUUGUUCGCAGUCAAACGUUAACCUUCCGUUUACAGACUUUAUCGAUAAUGCAACAACGGCUCCCUCAUCCAUCAUCUGGUUUCGUUCAACCCCGCAGGCUUUCACAUGCUUUGAUAUGGUUAAUCCUUCGCUCUUCCCCGUGGUGUGAUCCUCAACGCAAUCCAUAUCACAUUUAUUCGGGGUUCUUUCCUCAACCGAACUUCGCUAUUUGCAUGCCUGCUUGCCGCGGUGCUACUCAACUAAACAAAACGGCGGUUCCUUCAUGCGUUUCAAGCUCGAUCCACUUCCCCGUAGGCACAAUCCCCCCCGGAUCAAGCCAACUCUCGGCAUCAAAAGGACCCCAUUUCAAAGCCGCAUUCAUAAGCCUUAUUGAACAUGCGAGAUGGAUCCCCGCAAGUUGCAACCUGAAUCAAAGACCCCAUAUACUUUACAUAUCACAUCUCACUCGCCAGGCGCACCCCAAGGUUGACGAAGAGAACAAUUCGGGACCGAAGUUUGCCUCCGGGGACUUAACAGUUAGACUCGCCCUGGUUAUGUUCCGUGAUAUGUGA